GUUCCCUGCCACGUUUUUCACACCCCUUAUUUUCUGUUGCAUUUACACCCACAGCGUUUAUCUGAGCCAUGAGCAGCGCAACACCCUAUGCACCCCGCAGUAUGCCGACGGGACAGCGCAACGUCGUGCGCUCCAACGAUUCUGCCUCGCUCUGGAACUGUACCCUCUCUCCAGGCUGGACGCAGGAAGAAGUGCAGGUUCUGCGCAAGGCGCUGAUGAAGUUUGGGGUCGGCAACUGGAUGAAAAUAAUCGAAUCCGAGUGCCUGCCUGGAAAGACGAUUGCGCAGAUGAACUUGCAAACGCAGCGCAUGUUAGGCCAGCAAAGCACAGCAGAGUUUAAUGGCCUCCAUCUGGACGCGUUCGUGAUCGGCGAGCUCAACUCUAAAAAGCAGGGUCCAGGCAUCAAGCGUAAGAACAACUGCAUCGUGAACACAGGGGGCAAGCUGACGAGAGACGAGGUCGUGAAGAGGCAGCAGAAGCACCGGGAGCAGUACGAGGUGAAGGCGGAGGUGUGGCGGGCGAUUGUUUUGCCAAAGCCCGACAAUCCGCUGAUACUUUUGGAGAAGAAGCGAGAGGAGUUGAAGAAGGUCAGGCUGGAGCUUGAGGAGAUUAUGAAGCAGAUCGAGGAAACCGAGAAGCUGGUGGAUGUGCCGGAGCAUGCGCCGGGCACAAAGCGGGCUCGCGAGUAGAAGUACAAGUGUAAAUGCAGCCCUUUAUUAGAGCAAAAGAGGGUGAGGUAAAACGCAUAUUUUGUCUAAAUACACAGGAUUUCAAAGUCUACAGCUCGUUCGGGCUUGCCAUAGCAGAUAAACGCGAUUCCUUCGGCAUCACCUUCCUUAGUGCCAGAAAUAUAGGCAAACCCGCCUGUGCGUUUUCGUGCGAUAUACAUCAUACCACCGGCAUUGUCAUGGGCGGCCACUACCGGGAUCCUGCCCAGUUCCGAGGCACGGAACGGCGCUGAUACCUGGACCCACACUGCCUUGUCUUCGGGCAUACACAGUGUCUCGUGCGGGCGGAUCAUGGCUGGCGCGCCGUUCUGGUUGACCAGGAUCCCGGUUAGCUUUUUAGUCGACAUCCCUACCACUGUCUUUCCGCGGCUGACUCCACGCCCAACAUACACAAG